AUGACAUUAACCGGGAACAACAUCAGUGAUCGGCCGAGGAACACUGUUUCAACGAUACUGACCGGGAUCAACGUCAGUGAUCGGCCGAGGAACACUGUUUCAACGACACUAACCGGGAUCAACGUCAGUGAUCGGCCGAGGAACACUGUUUCAACGACACUAACCGGGAUCAACGUCAGUGAUCGGCCGAGGAACACUGUUUCAACGACACUAACCGGGAUCAACGUCAGUGAUCGGCCGAGGAACACUGUUUCAACGACAUUUACCGGGAUCAACGUCAGUGAUCGGCCGAGGAACACUGUUUCAACGACACUAACCGGGAUCAACGUCAGUGAUCGGCCGAGGAACACUGUUUCAACGAUACUUACCGGGUUCAACGUCACUGAUUGUCCGAGAAACACUGUUUCAACGAUACUAACUGGGUUCAACGUCAGUGAUCGGCCGAGGAACACUGUUUCAACGACACUAACCGGGAUCAACGUCAGUGAUCGGCCGAGGAACACUGUUUCAACGAUACUGACCGGGUUCAACGUCACUGAUUGUCCGAGAAACACUGUUUCAACGAUACUAACUGGGUUCAACGUCAGUGAUCGCCCGAGGAACACUGUUUCAACGUCAUAA